CUGUGGCGACGAGCUCGCGCUGUGAGAGCAGAGAGGACCGGUGCGCGCUCACACUCACACACACUCACACACUCCCCAAACAAAGAAGCACGCGAGGCAGAGCAUCUCCCCCUCCGAGCGAGCUCCGAACCCCGCACUGUCCAGACGCAACCGACCCGGUCCAGGCCCGAACGUCAUCAUGUCUUCUAACGGCGCUAGUAACGGAACCAGCGACAUGCUACAGAUCCAGUUCGGUCUGAUUAACUGCGGUAAUAAAUAUUUAACUGCUGAAACGUUCGGCUUCAAAAUCAAUGCCUCGGCCACGAGCCUGAAGAAGAAGCAGAUCUGGACGCUGGAACAAUCCGGAGACGAAGCGAACGGGAAUGUGUUCUGUCUGAAGUCUCACCUGGGCCGGUACAUCGCAGCCGACAAAGAUGGCAAUGUGACCGGGGACAGCGAGACCCCCGGUACGGAAUGCCGGUUUAUCAUCACCGCUCAUGAUGACGGCCGGUGGUCGCUGCAAUCUGAGCAGCACGGGCGCUACCUGGGCGGUACCGAGGACCGGAUCAUCUGUUUUGCCCAAACCGCGUCAGUGGCCGAGAAAUGGAGCGUGCACAUCGCCAUGCACCCGCAAGUCAACAUCUUCAGCAUCACGCGCAAACGUUACGCGCACCUGAGUUCGAAGGUGGAUGAGAUUGCGAUUGACCGGGACGUCCCGUGGGGAGUUGAUUCGCUGAUCACUCUCGUGUUCCGGGACCAGAGGUAUCACCUUCAGACCUCUGACAACCGGUUCCUGAAGAACGACGGCAGCCUGGCCGUUAAAUCGGACAAGACCACGGGCUACACACUGGAGUUCCGCUCAGGGAAGGUGGUUUUCAGAGACUGCAAUGGCAAGUACCUCGCGCCCUCCGGUCCGUCCGGUACCAUGAAAUCUGGCAAGAGCGCGCGCGUUGGGAAGGACGAGCUGUUCGUGCUCGAGCAGAGCCACCCGCAGGUCGUCCUCACCGCGGGAAACGAGAGGAACGUCUCCACCCGGCAAGGUAUGGACCUGUCAGCCAAUCAGGAUGAAGAGGGGGACCAGGAAGUGUUCCAGGUGGAGAUGAGUCGUGAGAAGGGGAAGUGUGCUUUCCGAACGGCCGCUGGGAAAUACUGGACUCUGAUGGCUAAUGGAGGCCUGCAGUGUACCGCAUCCACCAAGUCCACUAACUGCUUCUUUGACAUCGAGUGGCGUGGAAAGAAGCUGACUCUCUGCGCUGCUAACGGGAGAUACGUCGCAGCCAAGAAGAACGGCCAGCUCGCCGCUACCAUCGACUCUGCAGGUGAGUCAGAGGAGUUCCUGAUGAAGUUGAUCAACCGUCCAAUCAUAGUGCUUCGUGGAGAGCAUGGCUUCAUUGGUUGUAGGAAGGUUACAGGAACGUUGGACUCUAACCGUUCCUCCUACGACUACUUCACUCUGGAGUACAGAGAUGGAGCUUACAGUCUGCAGGACUCCACUGGGAAGUACUGGAUGGUGGGAAACGAGUCCUCAGUGGUGAGCAGCAGUGACACGCCCGUCGACUUCCUGUUUGAGUUUUGUGACUACAACAAGCGCAUCCGCUCUGCGGAGGGGAAGUAUCUCCGUGGCGACCACGCCGGCGUCCUCAAGGCCAACGCUGAUGACCUGGAGACCGCCACGCUCUGGGAGUACUGAGCACGCUGUGACCACGACAACGCAUGCUUCAGCACAACACUACCGCCCCCCCCCCCCCGCCCCAUCUCCCUAUCCUCCCUCCACCCAUCCCCCUUUCCACCUUUACCUUUGUGAGGUCUGGUGAACUGCAGGGGACCGGGAGAGGGGAGGGGAGGGGGAGGGAGGCGGGUGGUGCUGGCAUCUCCAGCCCUCCGUUGUCUCUCUCCCUCGCUCCUACUCUCCCCCUCUCCCUGUUCCCUCUCUCUUUUGAGUCGGUUAUGGGUUGCCAUAGUUACAGUGGGCCAGUACACUUUCCCUGCUCCAGUCCAACGGCUGCUCGAUGUGUCACUCACCCCCCCAGCCGUUUGAUUGGCCCCUACUCACUCAUCUGCCCGAAAGCCCUCCCUUUCCUGAGCCUUAUUUGAAGAGACCCCCUCCUCCCCCCUCCCCCCUCUCCUCCUCCCCCCCUCUCCCCUCUCCUCCUCCCCCCUCUCCUCCUCCCCCCUCCCCCCUCUCCUUCUCCCCCCUCCCCCCUCUCCUCCUCCCCCCCAGACUCACUGCUCUCCUUCCAUCCUGUUAUUUUAGCGUUCUGUCUUCCCAUCUCUGUCUGUCUCUUCCUGAUUCCGGCUUGAGCAGCAAAUGGUGGCAGUAUUGAUGGUGUAUUUUACCUGGUGACGCCCUUCUAUCUGGAUUAAGUGUUUCUUUACAACAUAGUCCAGUACAACUGUUUCUAUCUGGUCUGGACUGGUUUGGUCUGGUUGUGGAGGAGCAGAUUAGACUGGUCUGGUCUGGUUGUGUAGGAGCAGAUUAGACUUGUCUGGUCUGGUUGUGUAGGAGCAGAUUAGACUUGUCUGGUCUGGUUGUGUAGGAGCAGACUAGACUGGUCUGGUCUGGUGUGUCUGUAUGUGGAGCUUCUGUCCUCUCUCUUUGAUAACUGAAGUUACUGAUGAUGAUGUCACCCAACCGGUUCAACCCCACAAUGUAAAAUACUCUAAUGUAAGCAGUUGUGUCCUUCUCUUGCUGUGUUCCCAUUGGUGGAGAGUGUGAUAUUCCAGACAGACAGGAAGUCUCUCUGUAACUGUCCCCCUCCAGGCUCCUAGCUGGGCUCCAGGGCACCUGGGCGUGGCAUGGUGGGAUAUGUGAUGUUGACUCCUCUCAACCCUUACUGGAAGAACCACACACACUAUUUUGAUGUUCUCUUAAGGCAUAGCCAUUAUCAUCAGCAGGUUUGGGUUAGACCGACUCAUGAUGGCUAUCAACUGGUGUGAAACCGCAAACUGACUCUUAAAACAGCUUUUAAUCCAUGAUCCAAAGCCCUCGUACUGUCAUUCUCACUCUGGUGCUGCACUCACAGGAAGCAGAGCACAGCCGACAUCUCACCGGUCAGUCAGCCAGGCCGGUCAGUCAGCCAGGCCGGUCAGUCAGCCAGGCCGUUCAGUCAGGCCGGUCUGAGGGUGUGAACCUCACCGCCCCAGCCCUGGAGAGACCUCUGUAACCAGACUGGCCCCAGCCCUGGAGAGACCUCUGUAACCAGACUGGCCCCAGCCCUGGAGAGACCUCUGUAACCAGACUGGCCCCAGCCCUGGAGAGACCUCUGUAACCAGACUGGCCUCAACAGACGAGUGGACAGCUAGAAAUGAGAAGCUGUGGUGAGCGUCUGGUCCUGUCUGUCUCAGAGGUGCCUCUCCGCCACCAGCGCGUUCUCUUGGUCCUUAGCGGCGACCAGCCAACAGGUUUUCUCUGCUCUGUAGACAAACGUGUUCUCGUGGUUUCAGAAGCACCGGGGGUCGAGGGGGACUUGAGGUAGACAGCUGAUUACAUGUAUUGAUAAGCACACUUCAGGUUUGCGUGGCAGAACGCAGACUGUCUGGCCUUCGGUUCCUGGAACAAGGUGAUUGGUCGAGACAGCCUAGUGUGGAAGGAAGCUGUGGUAAUGACUGUGCCUUACUCUGAGUUAAUGGGCAGUAAAGAAAAAACUAAUAGAAAGAAAAAUAAACUGAUCACAUCUUUGCUUUGUAUAACUGGAACUUCCUUUUGUAAUAUUAUUUUGUAUAAUUAAUUUUUUGAUAUUGUGGUUAAUCUUCCUCUUGUGCCAUUGGUUUAUCUGAAUUCCAACGACCAAUAAAACUGGGAUUUGGAACACU